CCUGAGUAGUCCCAACAUGCGGGGCCCUCUUUCCUCCAGCCUUGCCUCGCUCUGACGUCAUCAGGAAGCGACACCCAGGCGGCGCCAAUCACUUCCGUGGAGCAGGGGUGGCCACGCUCUUCCGCUCGCCGCGCGCGUCCCCCCAGCAGCGUUUCCGCGCUCCCCGCGUUCCGCCCUCCGCCGCGGCCCGGAAGUGCCCCCCCCGCCGCGGCUGGCUGCGAGGAUGGCGGAGCCGCCCCCAGAGCCGGCGGGCCGGGAGCCCCGCGACAGGUUGGGCCUCUGGGACCGCCGGCCCCGGCCCGCCGCGCCGCUCACCGCCUGCCAGGCCGACUCGGUGCUGGAGCUCAAGGCGGCGGCCGAGAGCCUGCCCGUCCCGGCCGAGCUUCCAAUAGAAGAUUUAUGCAGUUUAACAUCACGGUCGCUAACUGUUACGCUGACUGCAGUAGUUCCAGAAUCCACAGAGGAUGUCCUCUUGAAAGGUUUCACUGCCUUGGGGAUGGAAGAUGAAAGAAUUGAAACUGCACAGCAGUUCUUCUCCUGGUUUGCCCAGCUACAGACCCAGAUGGAUCAAGAUGAAGGUGCUAAGUACAGACAGAUGAGGGAUUAUUUGUAUGGAUUUCAGGAGCAAUGUGAUUCCAUACUGGAUGAUGUGAACAGUGCUCUUCAACAUCUGGAGUCAUUGCAGAAGCAGUAUCUUUUUGUGUCCACCAAGACAGGAACACUACAUGAAGCCUGUGAACAGCUUCUGAAGGAGCAGUCAGAGCUUGUUGACCUGGCUGAAAAUAUUCAACAGAAGCUUUCUUAUUUUAAUGAACUGGAAAACAUUAACACAAAACUGAAUUCCCCUACAUUGUCUGUGAACAGUGAAGGAUUCAUCCCUAUGCUGGCUAAGCUUGAUGAUUGUAUUGCAUAUAUUUCAUCACAUCCCAAUUUUAAAGACUAUCCUGUGUAUUUGGUUAAGUUUAAACAAUGCCUUUCUAAAGCGAUGCACCUCAUGAAGACAUACACUGUGAACACACUACAGAACCUCACAAGCCAGUUAAUAAAAAGGGAUCCUUCAGCUGUGCCAAAUUCUGACAAUGCCUUCACACUAUUCUACGUAAAAUUCAGAGCCGCUGCUCCCAAAGUCAGAACUCUUAUUGAGCAAAUAGAGCAAAGGUCUGAGAAAAUGCCAGAGUACCAGCAACUUCUCAAUGAAAUCCAUCAAUGUUACCUUGAUCAGAGAGAACGCUUGCUUAGUCCAAGUAUUACAAGUACCGUCACAGAACUUACCAGCCAAAACAAUCGAGAUCAUUGUGCUCUGGUACGAAGUGGCUGUGCCUUUAUGGUCCAUGUGUGUCAGGAUGAACACCAGCUUUACAAUGAGUUUUUCACAAAACCAACACCAAAAUUGGAUGAACUUUUGGAGAAAUUGUGUCUCUCAUUAUAUGAUGUCCUCAGGCCAUUGAUCAUCCACGUUAUUCACUUAGAAACUUUGUCUGAACUCUGUGGCAUUCUAAAAAAUGAGAUGCUUGAAGACCAUGUACAGAACAAUGCAGAACAACUGGGUGCGUUUGCCGCUGGCAUCAAACAGAUGUUAGAGGAUGUGCAAGAACGCCUUGUCUACAGGACACACAUCUAUAUUCAGACUGAUAUCACAGGCUACAAGCCUGCUCCAGGAGAUCUUGCAUACCCUGAUAAAUUGGAAAUGAUGGAGCAAAUUGCACAAAGUUUAAAAGAUGAACAGAAGAAGCUGACCUCUGAAGCUUCAUUUUCAGAUGUUCGGCUAGAAGAUCCAGAGUCCUCCAAUCUAAUUAAAUCUGGUUCAGCUGAAUCUCUUAAUCCCAGACCUCAGACCACUAUUUCACCAGCAGAUCUGCAUGGCAUGUGGUAUCCCACAGUCCGAAGGACUCUAGUGUGUCUCUCCAAGCUGUACAGAUGUAUAGACAGGGCAGUGUUUCAAGGAUUAUCACAGGAGGCCUUAUCUGCCUGUAUUCAUUCAUUAUUGGGAGCUGCAGAUUCAAUUACCAAAAACAAGACCCAGGUUGAUGGACAGCUUUUCUUAAUAAAACACCUUCUGAUUCUUCGUGAACAAAUUGCUCCUUUCCAUACUGAAUUCACCAUUAAGGAAAUUUCCCUGGACCUUAAGAAAACUAGAGAUGCAGCAUUUAAAAUCCUGAACCCUAUGACGGUUCCAAGAUUUUUUAGGCUAAACAGCAACAAUGCCUUGAUACAGUUCUUACUGGAGGGCACUCCAGAAAUCAGAGAGCAUUAUAUUGACUCUAAGAAAGAUGUGGACCGUCAUCUGAAAUCAGCUUGUGAGCAGUUUAUUCAACAGCAAACUAAGCAGUUUAUAGAGCAGCUGGAGGUGUUCAUGUCAAAGGUAGCUGCAUUAAAAGCAAUGGCCAACCAAGGAGGUCCCAAGUACAACCUUUCACAGCAGCCUUGGGCGCAACCAGCAAAGGUCACUGAUUUAGUGUCUUCCACUUACAAGAUCAUAAAAACAAAGCUGCCGUCAACAUUACGAAGCAUGUCAUUAUACUUGUCCAAUAAAGACACUGAAUUCAUUUUGUUUAAGCCGGUUAGGAAUAACAUUCAGCAAGCAUUCCAGAAGCUUCAUACUUUGUUAAAGGAAGAAUUUAGCAGUGAAGAUCUUCAGAUCAUAGCUUGUCCUUCAAUGGAACAGGUGAAUCUACUUUUGUCAAUGUCUAAAUAGUUUCAAGGUUGAGCUGUCGGGAGUAAGUUUCUGUUGUUACAUCAGUGAAAGAGAUGUGAAGACACUUGCCUGAAAUAAAUAAAGGAUCCCUGUGUGCUCUCCAACCUGUAUGAAGGGUCUCUAUGCUGCUUAACACAGAAUUGUGGAAAAAUUGAGUGCUAUAGGUAACUUUUAAGUAUACCACAUUUACCUUUUUUCUAAAGGUGAAAAAUCUGUUCAAGAUUCUUGUACAAGUUCAGUUACUGCCUCCAUCUGUCAGUUGGGGAUUCUGAGUUAAAUCCUUCCUUGCUUUCCUUUCAUGGAUAUGAUAUGUGUGCAGUGGAUAAAGAGCAUUUGCCUAAGACACUCUGAAAACAUUGCUAGGAAACCAGACUUAAGAAACGAAAAAAUCGGCACAUUUGAAUGAAGACGUGAAUGUUGGAUGUUGCUGGAACUGGGUUUUAAGAGGCACACUUCAGUUUGUUUGUUUUUUUAAACCUCCUGAGAAUCCUGUUAGGCAUAACUCAGUUUGUGAAAAUUUUGUAUUACAUUUCCCUGAAAUUUCUGAUUUUCCUGUAACAUUUGAUGCACUGUAUUUUGAAUGCCCUGUGUUAAAAUCAGUGAUUCCUGACCCCUGGACUUUGACUCUGGCUUGCUCUAUGUGAAGAACUUUCCAAGAGUUCUUCCCAUGUUACGAAAUGGACACGUGGGAUUUACAAUGAAAAGCUGUGCAAUAAGAUUUCUGAUGUGUGUGAGGGAACUACCUGUGUUCUGAAGGCUUUAUUGUAAAGUCAGGGUUUAGCAUUGAGAUUCUCAGGUACUUAUGGUUUUAGGAAAGGGUUUUUAUUUUUAUUUUUUUCUUUUCUGUUUGAGCAAUGCACCUAUAUGGGUGAAGGGGACUACUUGGAUGCUGUAGGCAAUGUAGAAGGCUGCUGGUGGCAGAGCUGUGACUGUGGAACUUGGGUGGCACUGUUAUAGAUGAGAAAGCUUUAGAAAGGAGGAAGCACCAUUGGAUGAGGAAACUUCUUCAAAUCAUCUUAGUAAAUAGAUCAGAAGAAAAGUACCCACUGGGCAGCAAACUGUCCAUGUGUAAUGUCUUGCUGUGGUCAGUGUGCAGUGCGUGUAUGUUGCAUAACCAAGGUAUGUCCUACUUCAAAAGGUUAAGUGCUUACAUACAUAUCCGUAAACUGGAGGAAACACUAAAGGUGGCUUUAAGUGUUUUCAGUGACUUAGGGACCUUACUGUGUAGAUCCAUGGAAUGCAACACCGGGACUGAAAUGACAGAUGUAUGCAUUUCUGAAACCAGUUCUCCAGCUUGCAUGGUGUUUUAUAUUAAACUUUUUCGUCUUAACGCAAGAGUUAUGCUGUUACAGAUGAACCAACUGGGUACUACACUGGCAGGUUUUAAAGCCACAAUGAGUAGCACUGUAGCAGACCGUUCUGAGGAAGACAGAGACAUGGUAUUUACAAGACCUCAUCUAACUCUUUGAAAUUAACUAAAGGAAAUAACAAGGAAGAGAACUUAUCCUUUCCCUUCACCUAUUCAAGAAUAUAGGCUGUAAAAUAAUGUCCAAUGCCUUGUAAUAUAUGUACAGUUGGUAUUUUUUAUAGUAUUUUACAAAAAAACAGAAACAAACCUGCAUGAUUGCUUUACAAAGUAAUGAUUGCUUGUACAGAAAGGGUGUGAAGGGGAAAAUAUGUAUUACAGUAGUCACUGUUUGAAUCUUUUCACUUCUAAAAUGACCACACAGCUUUGAGACAGCUGUUUAAGGUUACUUGAGCGAUCAGUUUAUACAGCCUGUUAGCUGAAUGAAGAUUUGUUUAAACAUGUACAGUUUCAGAUAUUUACAUAUACAAAUAGUGUAAAUAAUUUCAAAAGAUUAAUUUAAAGUGCUUUAUAUUAUCUGACUAGAAUCUUGCUGUUUUUAAUGUUUUUUUAAUAAAAAAAUUGCUUCCUAUUUUGGUGCCUGAGUUAAGCUUUCUUAUGUACCUUGAGGUUUGUUUAACAUGAUGACUUGUAAUGAAUGGAAAAAACACUAAAUAUCUUUUAGGCAUGCAUAGGAUUUAAUUAAGAAAAGACAAGUUAUUUUUAUUAGGAGUAAGAGAAUUGGCUUUAUUUGGCACAGAUAGAUGUAUACCUGAAUACUGAGUGUGCAGCUAAUUGUGUUUAAAGUAAUCACUUUAUAGUUGUAAUAAAAGUAAAUUUGUAUUUUCUUUA